AUGGCCAUCGCAAGAAUAAUCUCGGCCCUACAGGCCAGAGUGAUCCAGUCUCCCAUGCAGUCACUGGGCAUCGCUGUCCUCAUCCUACCCUUCCUCUAUGUCAUCCUCAACGAGUUCGUUCGCUCUUCGGCCCGCGUCAAGGGUAUGAAAGGCCCUAUCGGCCUGCCGCUGAUCGGAAACCUGGCCCAGAUUCGAUCGAACGCGGCAGAGCAGUAUCGCAUAUGGUCGAGGAAAUUUGGAUCCGUGUAUCAGAUUCAGCUGGGCAACAUUCCCGUAGUCGUGGUGAACUCCGCUGCAGCGGCGAAAGUCCUCUUCGGUCAGAAUGCUCAAGCUCUGAGCUCGCGGCCGGAAUUCUAUACGUUCCACAAGAUCGUCUCCAAUACAGCCGGCACGACUAUUGGAACUUCACCCUACAGUGACUCGCUGAAGCGUCGCCGAAAGGGUGCUGCCUCGGCUCUCAAUCGGCCGUCGGUUGAAACGUACGUCCCUCAUCUGGACGUGGAGUCCAAGGCCUUCGUGGAAGAGCUGAAUCGCUAUGGCAAUGGCGGCAAGACCCCGGUUGAUCCGAUGCCCAUGAUUCAGCGCUUGAGUCUCAGUCUGGCUUUGACUCUGAACUGGGGUGUCCGUGUGGCAUCCCAGGAAGAGGACAUGUUCGACGAGAUCACGCAUGUGGAGGAGGAGAUUAGCAAGUUCCGCAGUACCACGGGUAAUUUACAGGAUUAUAUUCCUCUUCUGCGGCUGAACCCGUUCAGCAGCAAUUCCAAGAAGGCGGCAGAAAUGCGUAAGCGACGAGACAAGUAUCUGGGCUCUCUCAACCGGAACCUGGAUGACCGAAUGGAAAAGGGAACGCAUAAGCCGUGCAUUCAGGCCAACGUGAUUUUGGAUGAGGAGGCCAAGUUGAACAGCGAGGAGCUCACCUCGAUCAGCUUGACGAUGCUUUCUGGCGGCCUCGACACCGUCACCACUCUCGUCGCGUGGAGUAUCGGCCUACUCUCGACACGACCCGAUGUGCAGGACAAGGCCGCCAAGGCAAUCCAGGAGAUGUACGGCACGAACGAUCCCAUGUGCGCGGCGGACGACGACCAGAAAUGCGCAUAUGUUGCAGCCCUGGUGAGGGAGUGUCUUCGGUACUUCACGGUCCUUCGACUCGCCCUCCCUCGAACCUCGAUUAGAGACAUCACGUACCAGGGUACCGUAAUUCCCAAGGGCACCGUCUUCUUCCUGAAUGCCUGGGCAUGCAAUAUGGAUCCGGACGUGUGGACCGACCCGGACAUGUUUCGGCCGGAGCGGUGGUUUGAGCAACCGGACGCACCCUUGUUCACCUACGGCAUGGGCUAUCGCAUGUGCGCCGGGUCGCUACUGGCCAACCGCGAACUCUAUCUGGUCUUCAUGCGGAUGCUCAACAGCUUCCACAUCAAACCCCAUGACGACGUGGACUGGCACCCCGUUCAUGGCAACUCCGACCCGACCAGUCUGGUUGCCAUUCCGCAAAAGUACAAGGUGCGAUUCGUGCCCAAGGACGCCGGUGCGUUGAAUAAAAUUCUGACGACAUCCUGA